AUGAAAAGUACUUCUUCUAUCCUCAUUCUCUUAAUUGCAACAACUGCCAUCUUGUUUGCUACUCAAGUCCACUGCCAAGCAUCCAUCACUCAAGCUGUUUCUGAUGCUUUGGAUGCUGCUGUUCAAGAUUUGACAACUGACACUGCAUGGAUUGCCUACUAUUCGAAGAAUAUGUAUUUCAACGUUCCAACAUGUGCAGGCGACAUGGUCACUGCUAAUACUCGUCCUGAUGUCGACAAUAGAGUUAAGGAUGUUCACUUUCAAUGUUCUUUUGGAGGAGCUUCAAAGGGAUGGAUCAGAACUGGAUUGGAACCAAACAAGGUCUUUAAUGAUAUCUACCAAUUGAAUCAAACUGGUAUCAAAGUUGGUGCAUAUGAUGGAACUAAUUAUGCCACUUUCAUCAAGACUGAAUUGACAGCUGCCACCUAUGUCAAGUAUGCAGCUGUCAACUUGCAAUAUACUGAUGUCAAGAAUAAUGCUGUUCACGCCAUUGUAGGUGAUGCUAUUGCCUACUUUGAUUGGGCAAAUAGACAGAUGAACGCAGCAAUCAUCAUGGCAGCACCAAUAACAAAUGCAAUCCAUCUCCGAACUUUUCUCAACUUUUCCGAUUGA